CGUAUGUGUAGAAUGUAUGUAUGUAUGUGUAGAAUAGAACAGAAUAGAACUCCUGAAGUUCUGUGAUGUCACACACUGUCCCUUGACCCAGUUUGCAAGCAGAGAAUCUCCACAGAUCACCUCAUUUCAGUCCUGGAUUCUGAACUGAGUACAUUUUAACCACAAGAACACAAGUCAUCACGCCAAGACCGAAACGUCAAGAAAGAGAAGAACUUGAAAGAACAAGGAAGGGCAAAGAAAAUAGAAGAGAAAAUGUCUCAACACAGCAAGCAGAAUACAGUCAAACAUAGCCCUCUGGAUCAAGACAUGGAGAAUGAGGCAGACCAGAUCGCGAACAUGGUGGUCUCAGAGACAUCCCGCAGUGAGAACAUCAGUGACACUGCAGAGGCUGACCGGAUACAAAGAUUCAGUGAGUCAGACUCAAAAAAUGAGAGACAGACAGGCAGAGGUACCAGUGUUCUCAAAAGAAAGAGGAUGUUUGCGUACUUCUUCAGAAAGAACAAAGUUCAGCCUAUUCUAGAACAGCAUGAGGAAGAGGCUGCUGCAUCAGGCAGUCGGAGUACACCGAGCUCUUCGCCUCCUCAAGUGGCAUCCACUCCCACCUCCGUGCACUCCAGUGAGGACAUGAAGACUGCUGUGAAAGCUUACCUGAGCCCUGUCCCUCUGGUACUGGUGGAUGUUGACGACAAGGAUGUUUCAUGGAAACCAUCCACCAUCAGGUCAUUACCACCAAUCACAGAGGAAGACCUGGUCAUGGACAGGGACUCCACCCCAGGACCCUCAGGCCAAGGCAAACAUCCGCAACCUUCCCAGGAGGGCAGUGGGGUAACAGUACAGCUCAUUGGCCUGAAAAACACCUUUUACAACAUCAUUAAAGAAUUCUUUAACAGCCUCACUGAAAAACAGCUGGAGGAAAUAAAGAGAGGUGUUUACAACAUGGAUGUGAAGGAGCAGAUUAUUGACAUGGGUAUGGAGGUGUUAUGGCUUGCCGUAGAGGCCAUCACAAACACUCUAUCACAGGCCAUCAAUCAAUUUGCUCCCCAGUAUGGCACCAUGACAAGUCCCACUUGUUCCCAGAAAUGCAGUACAGAGCAGGUUGGCCAGAACUUGCCCUCAAAGCUUCUCAGGGAGAGCUUUGACAUCACUGACGACGACAUCCAGAAAAGUGUGAAAAGCUCCUUUGGCAAGGCUUUUUGUGAUGUGAUUAGUUCAGACAGGACAAUUGAGAUACCACCCCAACUCACUACAGUUCUUGUGAAAACGGUCACUGAUGAGCUCAACUAUAUUUUGUCAAAGAGCAUACAAGCCUCAUUGGACGGAGGAUACUCAAGUGUUAGUACCGUCCCCUGCUGCCUCUUUUCAAGUUGCAGAAAAUGCAAGGAGAUGCUGAUGGGAGUUGUCGCAACAAUGAAAUUCUGGCUCACAUUUCAAGAUAUUGCAAGUAAUCAGAGAGAUUCAGAUCCUCAGACUUACAAUGACAGAUUUGAGGCUGCAAGUAACAGCAAAGACCCCAAGAGGAAUUUGCUGUGGUGGAGCUGCUUAAUGAGAUGGUGGAAGGGUAAAAGCAGGAAGGCUUCAAAGGAACAUGUGGAGCAGGAUGUCGAAUUAUCUGGGGAUAUUCGCUCUUUGACUCCUCAAGCAACAUCCACCAGCUGUUCUGAUGACAAUGAGGACACCAUGUCAGAGGAGAGCAGAAAAGCCCCAUCUCCAUACUCCACUGGCUACUUUCUACCAGCUGAUCUCAAGGAUAAGGCCACUGUCCCAGAUUACCAAGAGAGUCCACCUGUGGCUGAAACUCAGUACGGUGACUCCAGUGCUGAGAAGAGCAACAGAAUCUGCCAAAUCCCCAGCAAGGGCAAGAACAAGAAAGAGAAAAUGGCAGCUUCAGCUCAGGAUGACACCGUUCGGACCAAAAAGCCUUCUCUGCUGAAGAGAAUCCAGAUGUUCUGCUGCCGCCUGAGCUGCUGUUGCCGUAAUUAUGUUCUAGAAUGAAUCCUUCUCCCUUUACUCCUCCAAACUGUACCAACCCCAAACCCAACUCUAUACCCUCUCUCUACCUUCCUGCUCUCCCUCUACUCCCCCUCUUCCCUUU